AUGGAAUAUGCAACAAUUCCCUACGAUGUUGAGAGCAUUCGACAACACUUUCCAGCUUUGCGCGGAGAAAAGAUCCCGCUCAACAAUGCCACCGGUAGCCUGGUGUAUGAUGGCGCUGUCAAGGCCAUCGCAAACGCAAUGUCAGCCUAUCAACUUGACUUUAUUGGCGGUGAUACAAUGAGUGCGCUCCAGGUCAAAGAGCGAAAAUCAAAGUACGAAGAACUAUCGGCAUUCAUGAACGCUGAACCCGACGAAAUUGCUUUCGGACCCUCCACCAGUGGCCUUAUUCGUAACUUGACUUCUUCUUUGAGGCCGCUACUCAAUUCCGAUUCGGAAAUGAUCGUUUCAACAUUGUGCCACGAGUCUGGCGUUACAUCAUGGGUAGCUCUUGCUCGCUCCCUAGGCAUCGAAAUAAAGUGGUGGUCCCCACCUGGUGGAAGAUUCAACAACACUGCUAAGCUCAGCGUCGAGACUCUAAAGCCACUUCUUUCACCGAAGACGAGGCUUGUCUGCUGCGGUCAUGUAUCAAACAUAUUUGGUACCAUACACGACAUUCGCGCCGUCGCAGAUGUUGUCCACCGAGUUCCAGGCGCCAUGCUUUCAGUUGAUGGAGUAGCUUGGGCUCCUCACCGGCCAAUCGAUGUCAAAGCAAUGGACGUUGAUUUCUACUUCUUCAGCUGGUACAAGUUAUUUGGGCCGCAUUUUGCACAGAUAUACGCCCGUCGCUCCGUACAACAGCGGUACAUGACGAGUUUAAAUCAUUACCAUAUUGAUCCCACACCUCUUGACGUCAAAGUACGCUUAGGCACAAGUUGCUAUGAGUUUGAGGAUGGCGUACUUGAGGUAGUACGCUACAUUAAGCGUAUCGGUUGGGAGGGUAUCAUCGCACAUGAGGUAGUCAUCGUCCAGCCUCUGCUUGACUACCUUAACUCCCACCCGAACUGGUACACUCUGUAUGGCGAGAAGUCUUCCGAUCCAAAGCUUCGAGUAUCCCUUGUUUCCUUUACGGUCAAUGGCGUUUCCUCCAUGGAGAUUGCCAAGGCCAUUCACGAGUCGUCGCCAUGCCGUAUCUUGGCGGGGAACGCUUAUUCGCUCAGACCAGUGCAUGAUGUUCUUGGACUGGGCACCGAUGGCGUGCUUCGCAUCAGCUUGGUUCAUUACAAUACACUUGAGGAUAUCCAGGUCUGCAUUGAUGCUCUGGAUCGUGUUGUACGAGGAUAUCUCAAGGCUUGA